AUGAGCGUCCGGGUAGUCGCGCGGGUCCGACCGCUCCUCAAAUCGGAACGGGAGUUGGAUGUCAUCCUACGCACAGGAUCAUCAAACCAGGCAGUGCCCGGCAAGAGCGAUAAGACAAGCUCCCAGGGGAAAGGCGCAUUGGCAGCCUUGAGGGAUCGAGAUAACCUCGUGCGAAUCCCGAACCCCAAGAACGAAGGCGAAGAAUACUCGUUCCAGUUCAAUGCUGUCUAUGAUGCGGAAGCUUCGCAGCAGGAGCUCUUCGAUGCAGAGGUUGCUCCUACUGUCAAGCAUCUCUUUAACGGCUUCGACGUAACGAUAUUCGCAUAUGGAGUCACAGGAACUGGAAAGACGCACACAAUGCGAGGCGGUAAAAGCCUGGCUGACCGUGGCGCCAUUCCCCGUCUCCUAAGCAGCAUCUACAGACGCAGCCGGAAGAUGGAGAAGGACAGUGACGGGGAAACUACCGUCAAGGUAUCUUUGAGCUACUACGAGAUUUAUAACGACAAAGUCUUCGAUCUAUUCGAACCCCCCGAAAAGAGGACGCUGGCGGGACUACCUCUUCGAGACAACGGCGGCAAGACAGUCGUCGUGGGUUUGACGGAGAGGCCAUGCCAUACUCUGAAGGAAUUCGAAAUCUUGUAUGACCAGGCCAAUACCAACAGGUCUACAUCUGCAACAAAGCUAAACGCCCACUCGUCACGAUCCCAUGCCAUCCUCUGCGUGCGCGUCGCAGUCACUACUGGAGACAAAACGCGCAUCAGUACCGCAUCUGCUAUCGACCUUGCUGGCUCCGAGGAUAACCGCCGGACGGAUAAUGACAAAGAGCGCAUGGUUGAGUCUGCUAGUAUCAACAAGAGCCUCUUCGUACUGGCUCAGUGUGUCGAAGCAAUCAGCAAGAAGCACUCGAGGAUACCGUAUCGAGAGUCGAAGAUGACGAGGAUCCUGUCUUUGGGACAGAACAACGGACUGACUGUGAUGAUCCUGAACCUGGCGCCUGUCAGGUCCUACCAUCUGGACACAAUAAGCUCGCUCAACUUCGCCAAUCGCACGAAGAAGAUCGAAGUGCGCGAGGUAGAAAAUGAGCCAAUGUUCAAGGGUCCCCCUAGACCAGCGUCGCGGCCUUCGAUCGCAGCCCUGCGGCAACCCCUGCGGCCUCUGACAGCUUCAGUGAACGUAAACCUGACUGCCGCAGCCAAAGACACGACGAAGACCCUCGAAAAGCCUGCCAAAGCCUUCCACGUCUACUCCGAUAAAUCACACCCUAGAACCACCACGCAGUUCAAGAAGCCUGAGCCCCCUAAGCGCACUUCUAUGAGCUCCCGGCCUUCUUUGAGUUCCGAAAUCUCCCGCCUCUCGAAGCCAUCUCGUCCCGCUCAACCAACACAGCCUCAAAAGCACCAUGACGAUAUCACCGCGGCCAAGAUCGAAGAGAUGGUAGAAAAGAAAGUCGAGGAAAUCCUGGCCGUGCGAGCCGUCAGCGAGCAGUCGAGACAAACGCAGGUUCGCGAACUGAAUGAGCAAGUCCAGCGUCGCCUGGAACUUCUCGAACAACGCAUCGAAGGCUCCGAAGAUGCAAGGGCCGAAGGCCUGUCAUACUUGCUCAUGGCCAAGCAGCACCAAGCACGUGGCGAGGACAGCUUCGCUCUGAGGAUGUACCAGCUAGCACUCCCAUACUUCCCCGACAACGAGAAGCUAUCCAGGAAGAUUGCCAGCUUGAAGGAGCGUAUGCAAGGUAAACCGCGUCAGGACGCCGACACCACCAUCAGCCACUCCGGCCCCAAGAGAGAACUCGGCAGUAUGCUAUCAAUCAAGAAGCAGCCCGCCAAGACGAACCUCAAGCGUGUUGCUGAAGACUCCGACGCGGACUACGAGGAACCUGAAGCGUCCCUCGAACAGUUCAGCGACGAAGACAUCGAGGAAAUCACUCACAUACGACGAAAGAAGCGCACAAAGACCAAGUCCUCACUAGACGACGAACGCGCCAGCGUCGACAUGAACGAGCAACCGCCUUCCCCACGGACAAUCCACCUCCUCUCCAUCAUCAAUUCGCGGGACAUCAGCCAGAUCAAGCUGCUGAAAGGCGUGGGGGUCAAGAAGGCCGAGGCUAUUGUUGACUGUUUAUGCGAGAUGGACCAAAACACAGCCAACCAAGAUGAAGAAGCACGGUUCCACAUCAGCAGCCUCGCCGAACUGAGUCAGUUCAAGGGCGUGGGUGUGAAGAGUGUCCAGAGCAUGCGAAACGGAGUUCUGGUAUAA